AGUGACAUUCCUAAAUCUGUUAUUUAAUUAGUAUUUGAUUAUCAGAAGAAGAAGAGAAAAAUGGGAGACAGCACAAUGACAUGUGUAGACAUUCUUUUGGCAAUCAUCUUGCCUCCUCUUGGUGUUUUCCUCAAGUUUGGCUGCAAGGUGGAGUUCUGGAUCUGUGUUUUGUUGACUCUUUUUGGAUGGCUACCUGGUAUUGUCUAUGCUGUUUGGGUUCUUACCAAGUGAUCAUCUCCUCUAGAGAAGAGAAAAAAGGUGAAUAUGUGAUGAAGCCCACUACUAAGUCACUUUAUUUCCCCUAAUGGAGUAUAUUAUCUAGCUGUUGUUUUAUUUAUUCUUGGAUGUAUUUUUUCAAAGUUUAUCCCCUCCUUUUUCUUUAUUGGCUACUAUUCUCUCUUGUCAGGAAAUUUGGAUAGAGUUUUGGUUGUGUACUUCCAUUCUGUUAUUUUAAUUGAAUAUACCAAUAAUUGUUGUACUCCU